AUGGAUUCUCUCUGCGAACAAAUAGAUAAAUUAACAAUUGAUUAUCUUGAAGAAUUUGGUCAUUUACUUGCAUGUAAACAAUUACUUGAUGAUACAAUAAAACAAGGAUAUUUUAAUCUAUCACGUGCACGUGUUAUAAUGGGUGUUAAUAAUCUUUCACGUUUACAAUAUUCUGAAAAAGAUCCAAUGAUAGCUUCAACAAAAAUAUUUCUGACAUCAUCAUCACCAUUUAAUAUUGAAAAACAAAUUGAUAAAGAACAUAGUGAUGAUGCAUUAAAAUGGUUUGGUUUAUUAAGUCCAAAUGUAUUAAAACAAAGUCAAAAAUCUUUUCAACAAGCAAUUGAUUUAGCAUUAGAAGCUUGUAUGAGAGAAAAAAAUAUUUUACAAUUAAAAAGUCAAAUUGAACAAUUAUUAAAAGAAAAAAAAACUUUUUUAACUAAAGAAAAUUUUGAUGAAAAUAAAAAAGAUGAUUAA